AUGCCAAAAUCCAAGGUCCUCGAGUUCCGCCCUAUCUCGAAGAUCCACCUCGAUGAAUUGAAGGCCAUCUGGCCCGCCGACCCACGCAUCCCGUCGCCCGCAUCUCGCAGGGCUUGGAGUCUGGCGCGAAAAAUUUCACCGGCCCGGGUCAAUUCUUGGUGGUAUAAUCGGAAACGCGAAGCGAAACGUUUGAGGAUCAAAAUACCAAGGAAUGAAGAAUACGAACUUCCGAUAGGCGAACCGCCUGAAAUACCAGAAGAUCACGUAAACCUGAAAGAGGAGGCAGUGGAUCAAAGUAUUCCGCUGGUUGAAGGAGUUACUACUGAACCUAGAGGAGACGCAAAUCCUCCGCGACUGCGCUCGGAGGAGUCUGUGGACGUUGCCCUGGAUGUUGUAUGCGCUCGGAAUCGGGCAUUUGUGGACCUUUCGCUCGAGUUGGCUUCUUCAGACUCUGGAAUGCUGGACUACGCCUCCUCGGAUACAGCGUGUUCGCCCGUGCCUGAGUCUGGUUCUGUCAACAACAUAAAAUUACGGCUGGACGACUAUGCUUCGAACUUCGGCGGCUCGGUCGAAUGGAAUGCUUUCGAGGACAGUAGCAUACAAGUGGUCCUUCCUAGAGCACUGGAUCCCCCCGCUACUCGGACCCGUCAACUAUCUGCCCGAAACAUGAAACUACAACUGGACGACAAUGCUGUAGACUUGAGCGACACAGGAGAAUGGAGUAUUUUCGACGAUAAUAACAUGCAUGCGGUGUCUCGUGAGGAUCUCGCCUCUCCCGAUGCUCUGGAUUCGGCUGCUAGUCACUCCCGUGCCCAAUUGUUCAACAAGGCGACAUUAGGGCUAACCAACUGCGCUUCAAAACCUGGUCGUUCGGGCGAAUGGAGCACACCUGAAAACAACACCAUAGGAGUGGUGUCUACUGAAGACUCCGCUUCUCUCGAUUCUACUUCGCUUCGCAUCUGUAACCAAGGGGUUACCGCCUCUGGCGUACCACCGUUCACCUGUUCGUUGUGCUCAUGCGACUGCAUUUCUCCGAUAAACGAUGGUAGGGGACGGCUCCCAUUGAUCUUCGUCUUGUUUACCAUUGCGUGCUUCCAUAUAGAGUAUAGUCCGAGUUCGUUGGUGACCAAGACCUCUCACGCCGUUGCCUGUCCUACUGGAGUCUCUGCGCUGGAAAUCCGACGUGACUAUAUUCGGCUCUACAAUCAGUACUACUCGCGCGACGGAUGGUUACUGGAUGCCGACGAUCUCGAUCAUAUUUCGGACGCGGACGUCAAUGUCGAUCCCGCGUUUCCGCUUCCAUCAUGA